UCGAUCGAUAAAGUAGAAACUCUGUUUUAAAACAGACAGUAUCCAAAUAACCUCAAAACGCCACUUUUCAAACAAUUUAAACAAAAUCAAUUAAAAAUGAGCACUGGGAUGAAAAUGUGUUUCACGUGUCGUAAAGUCGAAUGCGGGCAAUUUAUCAAUGUGCGAGAUUAUGAUACCGAUAAAAUUUUCUUCUUGGAAAAAUUGAAAACUUGCAUAACAAACUUGGUUGAGACUGAUAACAUGGAGAUGUGCCCCAUUUGUGUAAAAUUGCUUCGGAUUAGUUACAAAUUUCAUAUGCAAGUCCUAACAUCUCAAGAUAUAUUGAAAAGGGAGUCAUUUAAAGACGAAUCUGAUAGAAUUUUCAAUACAAGUGACGAUUUUGAAGUUAAAGACGAUCCUGAUACAUUUUUGAGUACAAGUGACGAUUUCGUGAAAUCGGAUUGUGACAGUGAUAACAGUGCAAAUAAAAAACCCAAAAGACGUGCCACUAAAAAAACAUUUCUUUGCGAUCAUUGCGCGUCUGAAUACCCCACGAAAUGGCAAUUGCGCAAACACUUGGCGCGAGUUCAUGACGAUUUUCGCAAAUUUGUGUGCAACUAUUGCGGCAAAGAAUUCAAACAGUCGUACCACCUUAAAGAGCACAUUACGUCCCACACGGGUGAGAAAAACUACUCGUGCCCCAUUUGUGAGAAAACGUUUCAAAGACUGUCGUCGCAAAGGCGCCACGUUAAGUCGCACGACGCGCCCCCAGGUCAUAAAACGAAACGGACGCCGUUUUUGUGCACGAUUUGCGGGAAGAGUUUUCCGUUUUCGAAUGGUGUGCAGAGGCAUAUGCGGAUCCACCUCGGAAUUAAAAACUUUGAGUGUUCGUUUUGUAAUCGGCGAUUUACGCAGUCGACGCAUUUGCACGUGCAUAUGAGGACGCACACGGGCGAAAAACCGUACAUUUGUGACACGUGUGGUGAGAAGUUUUCGCUUAAGUCGUGUUUGCUUAAGCACAUAAGUACGAGGCAUUGUAAGGCCGACAAUUUGGCCAAUGAAAUGCCGAUAUUUUUUUUGACGAAGGAAGGAUUUGAACAGAGUUAAAGGGCUGACAAUGUUUCCGUAAAUUGUCAAAUUUUGAGGAGAAAUGUACUUAUUUACAGCAAUACAGGCUGAUCCUUUUAGGGCCUAUGUUUGUAAUUUUUCAACUUUUAAUGUAACUAGAGCUUUGAAAUUUUUACACAAUCUAAUUCGACCAUUCUGACUUCAACUAAAUCGUUGUUACUGCCUUUUUGGAGUUGCUAUUUUAAAGUGAAUAAAUGUAUUAGCUGUUUCAAAACUAUAAAAACGCCAACGUUGCAUUUUUUUCAAAAUUAACUGUUAUAAAUCAUUCAUGCACUUCAAAAAAAAUAAUAGUUAAUAUAAUUUAUAUUUUCAAUGAGAGAUCUUAUAACUGUUUUACAAUUUUAUCAAUCUUAUUUAAAAAAGUAAUUCGAUAUAAUGCGACGUUGACGUUUUUGUAGUUUUGAAACAGCUAAUAUUUAUAUAUAGGGUGUCUCACCUAAGACUUUCGAGUCUGAUAGCUCAGCCAUUUGUCAACGGAUUUUUAUGAAAAUUAAAAUGCAGAUAUAUUUUAAGGUAAAUAAAUUUAUUAGGUGUUUCAAAACUAUAAAAAACAACGUCGCAUUUUCUCUCAAAAUUAGCUGUUAAAAAUUAUUCAUGCAUUUCAAAAAAUAAUUAGUAAUGUAAUUUAUACUUUCAGUGAGAGAUCUAAUCAUUGAUAACCAUUUUACAAUUUUUUUAGUCUUACUUAAAAAAAAUAAAAUUAAAAUGCGACGUUGGCGUUUUACAAUUUCGAAACAGCUUAUAGAUAGUUAUUUUCCGGAUAUUUCUAGUUAGUUAUCUGUGGUGUUUUUCACUUUGCAACAAUGAUUAGAGAUAUUUAUUACGUUGGUGUCGCUACCGUUGAGAUGUAUUUUUUCUGACAUGUUACCAACCCAUCACAAUAAAAGAACUGAAUAAAAAAUAUUAAUCUUUGAUUUAUUUGAAAUAUUUGUUACAAACGCGGCGCUCGUGUCGCAAACAAAGUGCUUAUGUGGGAAAUUGUACGGAAUGUUUAUAAAAGAGUGUAGAAUCUCAGGUGGUUCUGGAAUUGGAAUUUGUUUUAUUUAAUUAUUUUAUUUCUAUGAAAUUUCUAAAAAGUACCAAUUUUUAUCUAUCAAGCAACCAGUAAAAACAAUUUUUUCAUAAACUAACUUUCUUCCUUGUUUGUUGAAAGAAGCUGCAAACUUUUAAUACCUACUACGAUUCUACAUUCAUUUAUAGACAGAUUGUAUUUUCUAAACACGUUAGGUAAAUAACUUACUCAAAUUAGUAGUUAUUUAUUAAAAAAAAAUAAUAAGAUUUACGUUUGGUUUUUAUUGUGUUUAGAUUUUGAUAUCAAACAUCACAAUAAUAUUUCGCGCCUUUGGUUCUAAAGUCAGAAUUACCAUCUAUUUUUAAAUAAAUGAAAAUAAAUAGAUCGUAAUAAAUAUUAUUGUUUUACUGGGUACUCAAUAAUAAAUCAACUGAAAACUAAAUAAAAUGUUGUAGUUUGACAGUUGUUGACUAUUUUGCAAAACUUACUUGAUAGCGAUGAAAAUUACGAAGAAAAGUCAGUUUUUUUUGUGAUUAUUUCAAAAACUGUAAGAGAUGGGUAUAGGACGUCUUUAUAAAAGUCAUUAUAAAUAUUGUUAGCCAUUAAGAAAAUAGCGUCGUUCUUUUCUUAUUUGAUCAUCAUUUUGAAAAAAUCAGCAUAGCAUACCAAUUUGAUAGUUAACAAUUUUCAAACUUUUAGAAAAUCCUUUGAACCUUCGGUUACUGAAUGCAAAAAGAUUAUUCCCGUAUAGAAAAGGGUUCAAGGGCUUUGAUGUUUUGAAUAAAGACCUGCAAUAAAUACAGACUGAUCCAGAAAUACUGAGUCUGUUGGCAACACUGGACUUAAAUUUAUAAGGUUACCAAUGGAAUACGCUUCCAGUUCACAACAAUUUAACAUUCUCAUGCGGUUGUACGUCAAAUAAUUGUCAAGAAAAAUCGAAUUUGGUUGCACUGUUGCAAAUUACAAGCGCAAAUACUUUCAAAUGUGUUGCCAACAGACUCAGUAUUUCUGGAUCAGUCUGUAUUUUGACAAAAAAAUUGACAUAUACAAAAAGAAUGACAGAUAAGUACCAACACUUUUGGUAGAUUUUACUCAGUUUGAGAAGGCGAUUUUAAAAAUAAAAAAAUGAAAACAGGUGCCAAUUUCUUGUAGUUCAGUCAUUGGGGAAAUAAUUUAGUUGAACUCAGAAUGGUCGAUUCGGGUGGGUUAUGUACAAAAUUCCAUAGCCGUAGCUAUAUUGGAAGUUAAAAAGUUUCUAAUAUAGGCUCUAAAAGAAUUACCCUUUUCAGUAAUUAUUGUUAAUUGGAUUUUUGUUCAAAGUAGGCUACGGUUCUCAAGUUAGGUUUGCAACAGUGACAUUUGACACUUCUCACCACAUUGUUUAAUGCUGCCAACUUAUUUUUAUAGCGUAAAGCCAAAGGCCACUUUGAGCGCAAUUUUAAUUGAACACAUAAUACACGUUUAGCAAUAAAUAAAUUUUAUUCGAAAUUC